CAAAGACUGAACUUGCGCGAUCGGAUGGAGGCUUGAGCGAAAAAGUCGCGCAUGCUCGAUGCUUCACUUUGGUAAUGAUCUGGUCAGCCUGUCCAAAUCUCAUACAACUACUGUCAUUGAGCCUCAUUACAAAGCGUCUUCGGGCUGCUGUCCGCUAAGCCCAUCUAGACAGCCGUACAAAGAGGAGGCAGACCUCUAAUGAUCUCCGGCCAUCGUGUUGGAGUACCUCCUCAUUAGAUAACGGAAAGAAGGAACAUACCAACUACUAUGCUACGACGAGUUCCAAGAAGCCUACCGAGGCUCUCAAGCCGACCAUUUGCCAACAGAGGCGCCGCGAAACCCUUCCUCACCAUCAUGUCCCGUCACUUGUCAUCAUUGCCUCCCGUCGAACCUCCAGUCUCCGCAUCCCUCCCCUCCGAUUCAUUCCAGUUACUCUCGACCGAAACGAAGGCGGGCGAUGCAGAAGAUCUACUCUUCAAGCAGCAGGUGGAGGACGUUAAGAAAUGGUGGGCAUCACCCCGGUACAAAGGGAUCAAGCGACCCUACACGCCAGAGGAUGUGGUGAGCAAGAGAGGCACACUGCAGCAGACAUAUCCUAGCUCUAUCAUGGCACGGAAGCUCUUCAAUCUUCUUGCUGAGAGGGCAGCCGAGGGCAAACCAGUACACACAAUGGGCGCCAUUGACCCCGUGCAAAUGACCCAACAAGCUCCAAACCAAGAAAUCCUCUACGUAUCUGGCUGGGCUUGCUCAUCUGUCCUUACGACCACGAACGAGGUCUCCGCAGAUUUUGGUGACUAUCCAUAUAACACAGUACCCAACCAGGUGCAAAGAUUGUUCAAGGCCCAACAAUUACAUGACCGCAAGAAUUACGAUGCCAGACGAAAGAUGAGCCCAGAGGAACGCAAGAACACACCAUACAUUGAUUAUAUGAGGCCCAUUGUGGCUGAUGGUGAUACUGGCCACGGCGGUCUGUCGGCUGUCAUUAAGCUGGCCAAACUCUUCGCUGAGAAUGGUGCCGCCGCAGUUCACUUCGAAGACCAGCUUCACGGUGGGAAGAAAUGCGGGCAUUUGGCAGGUAAAGUGUUGGUCCCCGUCGGAGACCACAUCAACCGUCUGGUGGCUGCCAGAUUUCAAUGGGAUAUGAUGGGCUGCGAGAACUUGGUCAUUGCAAGGACAGAUUCAGAAAGUGGAAAACUGCUCUCGAGCGCCGUGGAUAUACGGGAUCAUGAAUUCAUCCUAGGUGUCACCGAAGAGACAGAGCCACUCUCCGAGCUCUUGCAGGAGAUGGAGUUGAAUGGCGCCAGCGGACCGGAAAUCGACAAAUUCGAGUCUGGUUGGGUCAGGGAGCACAAGCUGGUCACGUUUGACGAGGCUGUCGAGGCUCACAUCAAGUCAGAGGGCGGCAACCCCUCUGAGUAUCUCGCCAAAACCGAGGAGAACCGCAACAUGUCGCUUUCCAAGCGUCGAGCUCUGUCUUCUCAGUACACCAAGUCUCCUGUUGUUUGGUCCUGCGACAUCCCACGCACAAGAGAAGGAUUCUAUCACUACCGUGCAGGACUACCUGCAGCAACUAAGCGAGCCGUCGAGUUCGCUCCUUAUGCCGAUCUCUUGUGGUUGGAGACAGCUACUCCCACUGUGUCUAAGGCGGCCGGUUUUGCAAGGGAAAUUCGUGAGAAAUUCCCCGGCAAGCAUUUGGUCUAUAACCUCAGCCCCUCAUUCAAUUGGAUGGGACAAGGCUUCGACGAUGCAUCCUUGAAAUCGUUCGUCUGGGACCUUGCCAAAGAAGGAUUUGUGCUUCAGCUCAUUUCCCUCGCCGGAUUGCACUCCACAGCUACCAUUACCAAUGAACUGUCAAAGGGUUUCAAAGAAGAUGGUAUGCUCGCUUACGUCAAUCUAGUUCAGAGCCGAGAGAAGCAACUAGGCGUCGAUGUCUUGACCCACCAGAAAUGGAGUGGCGCUCCCUACAUUGAUGGUAUUAUUGGAGCCAUUCAGUCUGGCAGCAGCGGAAGCAAAAGCAUGGGUGAAGGCAACACAGAGACUGGUUUUUAAUGGUACUCUGUCAUGAUUCUUGGCACAGAGUCGAUGUCUAGCAUAAGGCGAGGCCACUAUGCCGGCAGAUCAGCUGCUCGAUGCUUGUCCACCUGAUAAGACUUGCGGCUUCCCGUAGAUUGUGAGAGAUGGCCAGGUGGGCCAACACAACGUUUCCAAAACGAGCACGGACGAGCCAUGCUCGGAGAAAAGAUUACUCCGAGUCACGAUAUGCUCAAGGUAAGGAUCUCGCUGAGCAGCUCUUAGAAGAUCUUGAUGCUUGCGGCUCAACGAAAAGUCCUAUAUGUACCUGAUAUACCAGGUUGUACAAACCUAUGUACUUACCACAGUAGAAAGGAAAGAUCAAAAAUAUCCCGCAACUGACCAAUGAAAGCCCGCCAUUCGAUGCUUAGUCAGUUUGCGUCACUGACCAAUUGCUUAUCGCUUAUCAGGCACGAUAUUCGCCGCUUUUCAGAAAAUUUCCGUAGGCUGAAAAAAAGUGGCAGCGAUCCGGCAAGCGU